CUAUAGUGAUGUAUAUAGCAUCUGGCUUCGGUAUCACGGGCGGGGCGCAUCGGCUGUGGACUCACAAGGCUUACAAAGCGACAUUACCACUGAAACUGUUCUUUCUCAUGUGCUUUGCUUCAAGUGGCCAAAAUUCCAUAGAGCAAUGGGUGCGCGACCAUCGUGUCCACCACAAGUUCAGCGACACGGACUCAGAUCCGCACAACGCCAACCGCGGCCUGUUCUUCUCGCACAUCGGGUGGUUGAUGCUGAAGAAGAACGACCAAGUGCUUGAAGCCGGGAAACUCAUCGACAUGUCUGACAUUACUGGCGACCCUGUACUCAGAUAUUUUAACAAAAACUUCAUCAAUUUGAAGAUACUAUUUUGCUACGUUCUACCGCUGCUCAUCAACGUGUUUAUACUGGGAGAGAGCUGGCAGUGCGCGGUGGCGUGGCAAUACUUCAUCCGCUUCCUCGGCAUGUUCCACAGUGAGCUGACUGUCAACAGCCUGGCGCAUAUUUAUGGAUACAGGCCUUAUAAUAAAAAUAUUGUGCCCAAAGAAAAUCGUUUUGUGGCAACCUGCACAUUGGGAGAAGGAUGGCACAACUAUCAUCACGCAUUCCCAUUUGACUACAAGGCUGCCGAGCAUUUCGACUUCUUCAAUUUUUGUACAACAUUCAUCGGCUGGUUCCACAAAAUCGGUUGGGCGUACGACCUCCGGCAAGCUACUCCUGAAAUGAUCAACUCAAUUGCAAAUAGAUUAGGCGACGGAACACCAGUUCACUAUCCGAUUACGAAAUUAGAGUAAAGUCACAAAUGUUUCUAGGUUGUGAGGAAUAAAAUUGAGGUUAAAUUAAUUGUAGUAGUCGCAAUCACAAGUCCAUUGUUAUUCGAGUACCUAUUAAAACACGGUUCCUAACAUUUAAUGUAGUGAUUGACAAUGACAAUUUAUGUAAAUUUCUGUCUACCUACUUAUAGUCCAGAUUCCGUAGAGCAUUUUUACAUUUAAUUACUAUCAAGUUAAUUUUCCGUGAUAGCCCAGUGGAUAUGACCUCUGCCUCCGAUUCCGGAGGGUGUGGGUUCGAAUCCGGUCCGGGGCAUGCAUCUCCAACUUUUCAGUUGUGUGCAUUUUAAGAAAUUAAUUAUCACGUGUCUCAAUCGGUGAAGGAAAACAUCGUGAGGAAACCUGCAUACCAGAGAAUUAUCUUAAUUCUAUGCGUGUGUGAAGUUUGCCAAUCCGCAUUGGGCCAGCAUGGUGGACUAUUCGCCUAACCCCUCUCAUUCUGAGAGGAGACUCGAACUCAGCAGUGAGCCGAAUAUGGGUUGAUGACGACGAAUUUUCCGUGAGUAGCUUCAUCUUGAUGAGACACUCAACUUUUGUAUUUACGAAAGUUCUUGAUUCUGGUAGCUUGAUAGGAACGAGAUAACGUACCACGCAAUAUGUAGGACAAUGUGGCUGUUAAAUUGUAUUAAUUAAGCAACAGUAAAAAAACAGCUGGUUAGUAACAAUUUUUGAAGAACUCCCCUCGUCCCAAAUUGUAUCAGUAACGAGGUCAUCAAAAAUUAACUUGAUAGUAAUCAAUUGUAGAAAUGCUCCCCGGAUCGUGGACUGAUACGGUUCCUAUAACAUGUAAUGUAGUGAUUGACGAUGACAAUUUAUGUAAAAUUCUCUCUGCCUACUUACCUACUAAACUCAUGUAUAUUUUUUCUAAUAAAUAAAAGUAGGUACCUACUCGUAGUCGUAUACCGUAAUGGUUUUCACCCGCCAUUUCUGUUUUGUUCCUUGAGUUGAAAGUUGAAAUAACUAUAACCCAGAUGUGCCUGCUUCUUGGAAACGGUUAGCAUUUACUGUUGCUGUUUUCCACGCGGCAGUGAAAACGUGAAAAUAAACAGCCAAAGUGAAAAUUUGGCAUUAAAAGUAAAAGUGAAAUGAACAAUUAUUUUUAUUUUGCUCAUGAGCAAUUAUGUGAAAUUAUUACUUACUACUAAAUACAUUAAAUAAUAUAAAAUAUCUUGUGGUUUUUUUUUCCGUAAAAUCUUAUUUUAUACAAACGACGCCGCAGACGCGAAAUUCAAUUUUCAGCCACAAAUAUUCCGGGAUAUUAAGUAGCCUCAGUAAACUCCUCUAUCUUCAAGUGAAAUUCCUAUUAAAAUCAGAUGGGCUGGAAAUAUUUUACGCGAGUAGAGCAGUGUGUGACGGCCGGGUAACACAUGAUCUUUGUCUUAAUCGUGUUAAUUUUUAAGUCAGUACCAAUCCCGUGUCGUGGUAAUUUUCAG